AAUAACGUCACAGCUAUAAAAAGAUGGAGUGCCUCGUGGAAGUCGGUGGUUUCGGAAAGUUGAUGGGGUGGUUGUGCACGAAUUUUACGGGAUUAUGGAGUCAUUUGAAGUAACGUCGACUCAUUCGUCGGAAUUUGACGGUUCUAGCAUAGUCGGAGACGAAAGCGACCCUUCGAAUGCAUUUGUGGAAAGAGUUCGAGUGGACCGCAAGAAGCUUGAAGAAAUGCUUCAAGAAACUGGCUGCGACGCACCCACUGUGGCAGAAGGAUUCUUCAAAAAGAUCAUGGAAACCACUGACACCAUUAUCUCAUGGCCGACGAAGCUGAAGGCUGGUGCAAAAUCGAAAAAAGACCCACAUGUUAAAGUUCGGGGAUCUCCAGAUGCAGUUGGCAAAGCUCGUGAAAGCAUCCUGGAAGUGCUUGACACAAAAAGAAACAGAGUUACCAUGAAGAUGGAUGUGUCUUUCACAGACCACUCCUACAUUAUUGGCAAAGGAGGCCACAACAUCCAACAAGUGAUGGACAACACGGGCUGCCAUAUUCACUUCCCAGACUCCAAUCGCAACAGUCAAUUAGACAAGAGUAACCAGGUCUCCAUUGCUGGUCAACCUAGUGGUGUGGAGAAUGCAAGGAAUCAAAUUCGGGAACUUCUGCCGAUGGUAGUGUCAUUUGAGCUGCCCCUGAGCCUGGCCAUACCAUCUGCACUGGAUCCUUCCUCGAUGGCAUUGCAAGGCAUUCUCAAAAGCCAUGGCAUCACAGUUUCUUUUCGCCCUUUGCAUGCUGCUCUCACCUUGGUUGUGGUAAAGGGCAGCCGUCGGUACGCUAACCGCUUACGUCAAGGACUCUUUGUUCUUGUGGAAUACCUCACUGGUGGCUCCCGGACUCAAGUCGGCCUGGUGACUCUGAGCACGGAGAUUGCCCCUCACCACCACAGCUUUGUUAUGGGACAUGGCAACUGUAACGUGCAGCAAAUAGCACGGCAGACAGGCUGUGCAAUUACAUUCCCAGAUCCAGCUACAGUGGCAAACCAGUCCCCAGCAGUGCUUUCUCCUUUCCUGGCUCUCAAUCAGCAGUCCUGCCCCCAAGGUCUUCUUCCUGUGGGCUCUCCUUCAAAGUCUACUGUCCAGAUCACUGGAAGAUUUGAUGCAGUCUACAAUGCUUGGCUAGAACUGAUGGGCUGGUUGCCCCUUGUUCUCAUGUUUGACCUCAAGGAGGGCCAAGACGCUGACAUGCUCACAAUUUCAAGACUGAUGGACCAAACGAAUGUCCACAUUUGUAUCAAGCCAAAGCCUAAACGCAACUGCAAGUGCAUUGUGGCUCGCUGUGCUGAAAGAGAAUCACGGCUGCUCUUUGAGGUACGGCGUAUUAUUUUGAACCUGGAUACUGAUGAGCUCGGCAACCCUUCACCUCUUGACAAGAUUCCCUAUUCACCUCCCCAAGCUUCGCAUAAAGGACGCAGCAUGCAGGAACAGAUAUGGAGGGAAAUCAAAGCUGCUAGCCAACAACAAGCUGCCGCCGCAGCAGCUGCUGCUGCGGCUGCUGCUGCUGCCAGGCAGCAGCAGCUCUUUUGGAGUGGUUUGCUGACUUGUAGUCCUUUUGUGAACCCUGCACCACGAAUGGUCCCUGCUCCCUUGCACCACUACCAGCAGCAGCAGCAGCAGCAGCAGCAGCAGCAGCAGGCUGCCCUGCUCCCUCUGCUCUUGAGCCAGCUGUCACUGGGCUUUCGAGGACCGAGGCCACCCCCAUUCGAGCCCUCUGUAUUAUGCUCCCAUGCUGGCCACUCUGUAUGCAAUGCUGCUUCAGACAGGCUGCCAAGUCCAGACCACGGUGACUCAUGUGGGCACAGUGGGAGUACUCGUUCCUGCUCCAGUUCGCAAGAAAGCCCCAUGGACAGUGGCUAUGGAUUUGGCUCAAGUGAUGAGGGGCACCAGCAUUGCAACUCUGAUGGAGCUUGUUACUUGUGGGAGGACUCCACAAAUAGAGAAGCGGAAGAUUCUUGGAAGAAAACCCUCAGUCAUGGUUCAUCGACACCUCUCCCCCAAGGACACGACUGCUCACCAAGGGAAUCGUAUGUUGAUUCCUCGAUGCCUCAGUACCAAAAAAACAUGGGUCCUGUUGGAUGCGAAAGGAAAGUCACUUUUGGUGGCCCCUUGCCACACAUGGACUAUGAGAGAAGGAAGCUGCUUGCAACCAAAACAAUGCAAGAGCAUGCUGGUUCUACCAAGAGGGUGCCUUCAAGCACCUGGUCUGGCUUUGGCUUUUCGAAGUCCAUGCCAGAAAGUGUGAACAAGGGACAAUUCCAACAGUGCAAUGCUGCCACCUCUUCUAGACGCCCACCCAAACUGGAAGAAACUAAGGUAUGUUCAUCCAUUGACCAGGCCUCCUCGAGUAAAGUGUGGAGCAAUACUGUUGAUGCCUGCCUUGGUGCGACAGGAGGAUCUAUGACUAAUGACUCUGAUGACGCCCAGCACUGUGGCAGCAACCUUGAGGGAGCAUUCAGUGCAAGCAACUUCUUGGAGUGUGUUAGUGCACACAGCCAGCCGCAAGAGAGGCCUUUAAUAGACAUUCCUCACUUGUUCAGUCUGCUGGGGCUGGGCAGAUAUGUGGAUGUCUUCCAGCAGAAUGAGAUUGACCUCCAGACAUUCCUCCACAUGACAGAUUGUGAUCUCCAACAGCUAUGCAUUCCCUAUGGUGCCCGUAAGAAGAUGCUACUGGCAAUAUCAGAUAUCAACUCGCACGCAUUGGAUGCAUACACUAGAAACUUUCAACCAGCCCCUGGUGGUGAACUUCAGUCUCCAAACCAGUCUCCACCACGGAGUCUAGUCAACAACUGCUGGUGAUGCACUGCCUUUGUGCUGCCUGCCAUUGAGCACCAGAAAUCCUGAGCCAGCAUCUUCAAUUUAUUAGCUUUCCUGUUUCAUACCUUGCCUUAGACACCUUUUGGCAUUUAUUGCUAGAGAUAAGACCCCAGAACCAUUCUUUUGUGCUCUGUCAUAGCUAUAUACACCAGUCAGCAUUUACUGUUCUGACUUGCAGACCUGAGAGGCCUUGCUUUUGUGAUAUGUUCAGGCACACACUUCUAAACAAAUGCCUAAAGUAGUGCUAGGUUUUCUACAUUGGGUUGUAUGUUGUAUGCAUGUGCAUGUUAGGUUCCCACAGGUAUUUUGCUAGCACAGAAAUUUUUAAGAGGCAAACUACUUUCCUUAAUAGUGCCAUUUGUAAUAAGUGUUCUUACAUUCCACAGUAACUUUAAUGGUAUUGACAAGAUUCACAUAGCAGCUGCGCUGAAUUUGAAACUGCCUGAAUGCACUGCUUUUACCUCGCAUUUUUCUCGAGGUCUGUGCCAUUUACCCCAUGUGCAGUUCCCCCCGUAUUUUUCUUGCUAAACUGACAAUUAACUCCAGGCUGAAGUUAUGAUUUGUUUAAUGAAGUGUUUAUUUUAUUUGCAGUUUCUGCUCUGCAUUGUGUGGCACUUGAGAUUCCUCCUUGCCUUCUAGUCUUCUCAGAAUAUGCUAAAUGAUGCUGUGUCAUGUGAUUUUGACCAAUUGUAGAUUACUCCUUAGUACAAAUGACUCUUGAAUAAUGCUCUGCUGUAACCAUUGUGAUUGCACUUUUAAAAGUUCUCCACACACAAUUUUUAGAGCAAACAAACUUGACCACUGAAGUUUUACACAAGGAAGCAUCUAUAAACAGCACUUUUGCUCUGUGGGUUUGUCAAGUCAGAUGCUAAUUUUUUUGUAAAACCUAAGGGUUAAGGUUUUCUACCCAGCUAAUUAUGACAAGUCAGCAUUUGCUAAUAUAACAUUGUUUGCAGGUAAUCUUACUGUUGUACUCUUUGAUAUUUUUUGUAUUUUUGUAAACUUUUUUUGGAACAAGUUUUGACACAUUGAUGGCUUUUAUGGGAUUGCCAAGGUAUCUAGUCAUUUUUUUUUUUCUGUAUAGUUAAGCAUCUAAAAUAAACAUUUUUUUACAAAGCUUAAA